AUGGUAAAUCAUCAACCAACAGAAAUAUCUUCAUCUUCUUUACCCACAACUUCAAAAGAAAAUUUAAUUAAUUCAAAACAUGAUUGUAAAAAUUGUUGUUCACAUUGUGAGCUUUUUUGUAAUGAAAUGAGGCAAUCAAUGACUAGAUUAGACAAUAAAUUGGAUAGAUUGUCUGAGCAGUUGGCACAAAUCGUGGGUGUUGUUGUUGGGUUUCAUUCGACGACUGAUAAUAACAAUGGUUUGUCCAACAUUCUGGAAAACAAUUUACAAAAUGGAAAUUCUUCUUCUUCAUUUCCACCUUCACAACAAUCAAAAGUUUCAUCAACAAAAGAAUCAAAUCAUCAACAAACAGAAAAUUGUAAUCCUUUGAGUCAAGCAAUAAUUAAUUCAAGUAGUCGUUCAACAUCUCCACAAUCAAUAAUUGAUGAAAGAGAAGAGGGAGGAGGUGGUGGUGGAAGGGGGGAAGGAAAUGGGGGGAAUUUAAAAAUAAAUGGAAAUUUAAAUAUUGGAAGUCGAAAACGAAAAAGGGAUGUUAGUCGGAAACAGUCAACAACAACAAUUAAAAAAGGAAUGGCAACAAUGCAAUUACCAGCAGAAUUAAUUGGAAUAUUGCCACAACAACCUUCAACUACUGAGGAACAAAUUAAUUCAUUCCAAUUCUCUUCUUCUGAUCAUCUUCAAAACAUUUCAUCAACAGAUUUACUUAAUUCAAAAAGUACAACAGACGAAUUAUUAGCCCAUUUACUUUCUAUGAGUACAACAACCACCACAAACAUUCCUCAAAGCAAUCCUUCAUCUCCAAGUAUAACAACAACAAUUCCUCUCCCACCUCCUCCUCUUCCUCUACAACCACCAACAUCUUUAUAUCAAAUACUUUUUCAAACUAAAGAAGAAAAUUUUGAAGAAACCCAUCAAAAUAAUUUUGAAAAUUUGGAAGAAGAAAAUAAUGCUGUUGAAUGUUCUCCUCCGACAGAAGAAAAUUGUUCUUUAGAAAUUCCCCAAACUUCAAAUUUGUUGGCUGGACUUUUUGGGAAUGGAGGAAAUAUUGAAGAUUUUGGAGGACUUGUAGUAAAAAGUGAAAUAACUGAUAAUGAAAAUAGUGAAUAUAGUAAUGCUAUUUUGGCUGAUACAAGUAGUGGGUCUCCACAGAUUGAAAAUCAGCUUGAAAAUGGUGCCAAUUCAACAUCAACAACAACAUCAGUAUCUCGCUGCAAUAAUUGUUUUACAACAAAAACAACAGCUUGGCGUCGUGAUGCUACUGGAAGUUUAGUCUGUAAUGCUUGCGGACUUUAUUUCAGAUUACACAGAACAAAUCGUCCAGUUCAUAUGCGUAAAGAUUUUAUUCAACAACGUUUUCGAAGAAAAAAUCAACAGCAGCAACAACAAAAUAAUUCAAGUUUUGUAAUAAAAAAUGAAAUAAAACAACAAAAUCAACAAUUAAUUAAUUUAGCCGUAAAUGGUUCUGCUGCAGCUGCUUUAGUUUUGGCUGCUUUGGAAGGUGGGGGAGGAGUAAAUAAUAAUGGAAGAAAGAAAAGUUUGGAAAAAGGCGGGGGAGAAGAAAUUAUUCGUGACCAACAACCCCAAUCUGUUUUGGAUGCAAAAAUGACUGCUGAAGCUUUUUUAAAUUCUACACACAUUUUAAAUGGAAUUUUGGAACAACAAAGUCAAUGA